ACAAACCUUUUUGCACUCUAAUUUAUGGAUUUCUAAUUCGAUUAUUCCAUGGUAAAGUGAAUGAAUCGAAAAGGCUAAAAAUGUAUGCAUUUCGGAAGCAUGGAGUAACCGGAAUAUUUUGAAUCCAACAAAUCGGUUUAACAAAUUUCGGCAUGCCAUUAUUGCUAGCAAACCACCAGUCGAGUAUUGUUGCUGCUCAAGUGGCCUACGGCAUGUUACUGGAUUACAAUAAUAUUUACGUGAUGAAUAGACCAAACGCUGAUGGCAAACACAGUCGCAAGCAUUCCUACGAAUUAUCACCGCAAUCGCUGGUGGAAGACGAGAAAAUGCCUUCAUAUACCACAAUCACAAUGGAUGGGAGAGAGCAAAUGUCUGCCGAAAGAUUUUCCUACCAGCAUAAGCAGGUGGACUUUCAAAAUACCACUGAUCCCACACCUCUACAGCAACUAAAUAACAUUUUCGGCUUGCGAGCAUCCGAGCAUGGAACUGCCAACGCGAUCAACCUAACAUCAGCCGAAAUGCUAGAAACGGGAAAUUUUCAGUAUUUAAAUGUUGCCAUGCACUCGGAGAGGAAUCAAUAUGAGCACCUUUGUCGUGAAUUAUAUGGCAUUAAGACGGCGGCCCAGCUCUUUAAUUGCCGUGCAGAGGGGCUUCCUGAACAACAACACAAAUCUCUACUGUCAACCCGUGGCACAACUGACCUCAUCACCACCGGUCUACCGAGCCAAUUGGUUGAAGCGCCGUCAACAACUUCAACUUCGUAUGCACGCACAAAAGGUUCGGCGCUGCCAGCGUUGAUAUUUGAAGGUGAUACGAAUAAUUCAUCAAUGAAUAUCAGCCGUUCACAGCGCGCGGCUCUAUUAGCAGCGCCGACGAAUGAAAUAAGGCACGCUAUUGCUACCUCGGCGAAACUGCCCGGAGCGCCACAAACAACAAACACAACUGCCGCCGCAGCAUCAGCCACCACAGCGAAGGCAAGCGUCAUCGGUGGAGUUAGCGGUUUAGCGGUAGCCGAAAGUCCAGAAGUGGUAGCAGUGGAGGCGGCAACGACGAAACAGCCGACAGCGAUUUCCAGUCAAAACAAGCGGACUUCAUAUGGCCUGCAAAAUUUCAAUGAUAAUUCGAAGAACGUUGAGAGAAGCGCUUCAAAAUAUUGACGAGCUAAUAUGGUGAAGCGAAAAACGGAUAACCUAACUU